AUACCCUUUAUAUUAACACACUCCCUCUCCCUCCAUUUCAAUCUUCUGAUCAAUCUCAUUUUUUCUCUUCCUUAAAAUCUUGUUUGGUUUUCCGAAACAUGUGUCCAAACACCACAAUGCCGAGAAUGCUCAAAGAUUAUCUUCUGGAGGAUUUGAAUUCCUGCUCUUCGACUGGAUUCAAAUCGUUUCCCAGAAACCCACCACUAUCUGAUUAUGCUGCACGACGUCCCAGGCCCAGCAGAAUCCCAUCGACUAAGGCGGCUUCAACUACAAUCUCCGCAUUUCAGGCAAUGAUCAACGCCGUCAAGAAGAACAUCCAGUUCCUCAAGUCUCCGUCAGUUAUCUUGCCAAGAAGCCUCUCACGGACUCUGUCCAGACGGAAUUCCACCAAGAACAAGAACCGUGAACACAAUCUCAAUGUCCGUCAAGUCAAAAUUACAGUCAAGGACAUCAUGCGGUGGACAUCGUUCCGGGACAUUAAUGUCGUCAACCAUUCUGAACCCUUUGAGUCCGCUCCCUCGCCAGAUCAUCACUGCACCAACACCACGAUCUCAACUACCACUACGACCACAACAACUAGCUCUUGCACGUGUAGCAGUAGCGGCUCGAGUUGGUGCGACAGUGAUUUCACCGAGGAGGAUUUACAGUCAUGGGGCGGUAACUGUGAAGAAGAUGUCGGUGAAAAUGAUGUCGCGGAUAAACCGGUUGUCCCCAACAACUGCGAGGAUGUAAACACGGUGGAGCCCAAGGGAGAGGCACCAUGUGAGGAGGAAAGACAUGAGCAGAGUCCAAUUUCAGUGCUUCAUCAUGAAUUCGAAGAGGAUGAAGAGUCCUUGUCAUCUUUGGAUCAAAGCCUCGUCAACAUUGAAAGGACCAAAGAAAAGCUGAUGCAAAAGAUCAGACGGUUCGAGAGUCUAGCCAAAGUGGACCCCGUCAACCUCGAAAAAUGGAUGUCAAUGGACGAAGAAACUAACAGCAGUACUGACAUUGAGCAAGAAGAAGAAGAAGAAGAGGAACAAGAAGAAUUAAGAGAUGAGGAGAUUGAAGAGAAGAAUACUGUAACUGCAUGGCACCUAUUGGAACAAGUGAAGACAACAACUUCACUGGACACUGUGGAGCAACUAGUAUUGUUAGAUUUCUUUAGAGAUGAAUUAGGUGCAGACACAAAUGACCAAAUCGGACAUCCAGGGCUGGAAAAUGAGACCCUUACUAGGAAAGCAAGAGUUUGGUUGAGAGGGGAACACAGUACAUUGUUGGAUUUGGGAGUUGAUGACAAUGACGAACAAGAAAGGAGGGAGGCUUUGGUUAAUGACCUCUAUAUGGAAGGACGACGAAGAAGGUGGAGUAGUAGUGGAUUUGAGGAAGAGGGGAAUGAGUUAGCUAUGGAAGUUGAGAAUGGUUUGUUGGGUGAUUUAGUGGAUCAACUCUUGCUUGAAAUCUUGUUAUGAUGAUGAACAUAAUGAAGAAAAGGCAUAGCUCAUGCCCCAUUACAAUUUUUGUAGAUUGGGAAAUAAAUUUGGAAAAUGAAGAAAAAUA